AUGUCCCCGUCAUCCCUUUUGCGUAGGGAAACAUCCUGCUCGACGACACAAACCCCCCCUUUUUCCUUGGCACCCAGCAGCGCUGCGUGCACGACUCGGAUCUCCGCCAUGAAGCCUGCCGCCGCCGCCACCGUGGCCUUGUUCUCGGCCGUCGUUUCUGCGACUCCUGGCGGCCUCCCCGCCGGGGCCCUCGUCAACUGUGCCAGGGCCCACGCAAACUAUUGCUGGGCGCCCGACGUCAUCCUGCGAUGCGACGGCAAUGCCGUAGGCACCCGAUUCAUGUGCGAGAGCGGCUCCGGCUCCGGCUCCGGCUCCGCGUGUCGAGAGUCUUCGAAGCUGGCUGGCGAUGCUGUUUGCUGCAACGAUGGUGGUCUCUCUACCACGGCCCAAAGCAUCGCGGCCCCGACUGGCAGCUCGAGCGGGCCCCGGGGAAGCAGCAGCACCGGCGGGGAGAGUACGUCGCCGUCCGGGUCGUCUCCCACGGAGACGGGUGUCAUGAGCAUUCCUGAAGGGAGCAUUCGCGGAACGGCCACUGGCACAGCUCCCGACGCUCCACGGGUCUCGAGCAUCCCCGACAGCGCCGGCCCGGGAACGGCGUCCGGGCCUGGUACGGUCGGCAGUGCCAGCAGACUGACCGACGCGAUCGGCAGCUCGGCCUGGCUGUCUGCCGCAUCUGACGGCUGCCCUGCACUUGUGGCUACCACGCCAACAGCGACUGGUGGUAGCACGCCCAGCACCGCCGCGGUGCAGACCACGCAUUUGCAAACCGCCGCUUUGCCCACCACCGCUUUGCCCACCACCGCUUUGCCCACCACCGGAGUAUCCCUGGCUCCCGCUGCCGCCGCCCAUGCAAACGCCGCCGCUGGCCUACUCGCCGCCGCCGGACUGCUUGCCGCCGCUCUCCUCUAA